AUGACCAUAGAGGAUCUCCCAGAACCUUCCUUGGAAGGAGAUUCCCUCAUUGAAAGAGAACGGUUCUUAUUCCCAAACUCUGAAACAUCAGUUACUUUUUCUGUUGCUGCAGCACCAAUGCCUUCAGACUGUGAAUUUUCCUUCUUUGAUCCCAAUGAUGCAGCAUGUCAAGAAAUUCUUUUCAACCCCAAAACAUCAGUUUCUGAAUUAUUUGCUAUCUUAAGGCAGUGGGUUCCACAGGUCCAGCAGAAUAUUGAUAUUAUUGGGAAUGAGAUCAUUAAAAGGGGUUGCAAUGUGAAUGACAGAGAUGGACUGACCGAUAUGACUCUCUUGCAUUACACUUGCAAAUCAGGGGCUCAUGGUAUUGGUGAUGUUGAAACCGCUGUAAAAUUUGCAACACAGCUUAUUGAUUUGGGUGCUGAUAGCAGUUUACGCAGCCGCUGGACGAAUAUGAAUGCUUUGCAUUAUGCUGCCUACUUUGAUGUUCCAGAACUUAUUAGUCUUAUUUUGAAAAAUGCAAAGCCAAAAGAUGUGGAUGCCACCUGUAGUGAUUUUGAUUUUGGAACAGCUUUGCAUAUUGCUGCCUUUAACCUAUGUACAGGAGCUGUCAAGUGUUUACUGGAACAUGGAGCAAAUCCUGCCUUUAGGAAUGACAAAGGGCAGAUCCCAGCAGAUGUGGUUCCUGAUCCGGUAGAUAUGCCACUGGAAAUGGCAGAUGCAGCAGCCAGUGCAAAAGAAAUCAAGCAGAUGUUGCUGGAUGCAGUGCCUCUCUCAUGUGACAUCUCAAAAGCUAUGAUUCCAAACUAUGAUCAUGUCACAGGCAAGGCCAUGCUUUUAUCGCUUGGCCUGAAACUGGGAGAUCGUGUUGUUAUUGCAGGACAGAAGGUUGGUACGUUAAGAUUUUGUGGCACAACAGAAUUUGCCAGUGGCCAGUGGGCUGGCGUGGAGCUGGAUGAACCAGAAGGAAAGAACAAUGGAAGUGUUGCAAAAGUCCAGUACUUCAAGUGUGCACCGAAAUGUGGUAUCUUUGCACCUCUGUCUAAAAUAAGCAAGGCUUCUGAUCACAAAAAAAGCUUUGUACGAAGUUCUUCCAUGCGGUUUUCGCCUUUGGUCAAAUCCAAGAAAAUAGAUGUGACGCACAUAACUUCCAAAGUGAAUUCGG